CCAAUUUCCAGAGAUACUCAAUUCUACAUCGUAAAAACCAUCAUGCUCGUCUCGAUAAAAACCCGCGCAUCCUCCGCCGUCCUAAAAUUUCCCGGCCUGGUCCUUUUUUCUCAACCCUUCCCCUGAGCUCCUUAUUCUUUGCCUCCCAUCGCCACGCGUGAGAACCCGGUUCCUGAUUCGCGUGGCUUGGGCUUUCUUUCUUUCACUGUCUUGUUGCCGGUACGCCGCCAUCCGUUGCAACCACCCACCCACCACCGCCCACACCCCCGGACCCUGCAUGUCGUCCAGGUACCUGCGUUGACGCCUGCGACUGCACUGCACCCGAGGUACAUCGACGUCACGUGGCCACACUCUACACACACACCUUACCUCACCCUCGUCAACACUUAUACAUAACAUCGCCAUAUCUUGUUAAUACCUCGCUGCCCUCUGUACACAUCAUGUCCUUGGCACUAUCAUCCAUGCGGCGGACGUGUACCUCCGUGGCACGCUCUGCGCGGCCUCGUGUUCUUGCCCUCCCUCACGCCCAUCCCUCUCACUCGCUCCUCUAUACACCCGCGGCGGCAUGUCAAACUAGAUAUAGCUCCCACUCGCCCAUGGGUGCUCCCCCUUCCAGCCCGCGCAAGAAGGUCACUAUCGCUACACUGAGGUCUCUGCACAAAAAGGGCGACCCCAUCACCAUGAUCACGGCCCACGACUUCCCCAGUGCCCACGUGGCCGACCAUGCCGGCAUGGACGUCGUCCUGGUUGGCGAUAGCCUCGCUAUGGUGGCCCUAGGCAUGGAGGACACGAGUGAGGUUCUGGUCGAAGAAAUGUUGCUGCACUGUCGCUCCGUUGCGAGAGCCACAAAGACGGCCUUCACCGUUGGCGAUCUGCCAAUGGGAUCGUAUGAGAUCUCGCCGGAGCAGGCACUCGCCACAGCGAUACGCUUCAUCAAGGAUGGCCGCGUCCAGAGCGUCAAGCUCGAAGGCGGCAAGGAAAUGGCGCCGACCAUUCGAAAAAUCACCACAGCUGGCAUCCCCGUGCUGGGCCAUGUCGGCCUGACCCCGCAGCGUCAAAAUGCCCUCGGCGGGUUCCGCGUCCAGGGCAAGACCAAGGACGGCGCCCUCGGUGUCCUCGAGGACGCGCUCGCCGUCCAGGAAGCCGGCUGCUUCGCCGUUGUGCUCGAGGCCGUCCCGGCCGAGGUUGCCGAGCUCAUCACGCAAAGGCUGUCUAUCCCGACCAUUGGCAUCGGCGCCGGCGCCGGCUGCUCCGGUCAGGUACUGGUCCAGACCGACAUGGCCGGCAAUUUCCCACCCGGCAGGUUCCUUCCCAAGUUCGUCAAGAAGUACGGCGACGUCUGGGGCGAGUCAAGGCGGGCCAUCGAGGCAUAUCGCGACGAGGUCAAGAGCCGCCAGUAUCCGGCAGCCGAGCACACCUAUCCGAUUCCCGAAGGGGAGCUGGCGGCGUUUUCCAAAGCUAUCAAGGAGAUGUAGUGAGCGGUGGCUGAGAGGGCGGUUUCUGUUCGGGUAACAUAAUGGCGCGCGGUGGCGGCGGUUGUCUUUUUUGAGCGAGCGCAUUGCAUUCUUGUUUUUAGCGAUUCAUGAUGAGAUCUGAUGGCGGGAGAAGACUACAUUUUAGAGUUGGCGAAAUAUUUGUUUGUAGCAAAUGAUGAGGGUAGAUGGCGGGUAGUAGACACCUCAUCCAAACGCUGGGGUCAUAGAAUAGGCAACGACAAGCUGAUCCGACGCGUUCUUGAAGCACUGCAUCCGGUCAACAACUCAUCAACUCUUGAGCCGCGGGGACGCGGAUGAGCGAGUGGCAAUUCACCUGGUGCAAAUUCCCAACCACCUCGUCCAGCGACGGCGCAAACGCCGAGUUGACGUACAGGAACACGCUGUCCGUGUCCCUGCAGCGCAGCUUCCGCCGCAGGUACCGCACCACCUCCUCGAAGCGUCGCGUCGCCGUGAUCUUGCAUAGGUCCUGCUGCAGCGCCGGCGCCGCGCCCCCGACGGGCUUGAACCGCACCACCACCUUUCUGUCCGGCGCCGGCGCCGCCGCGCUCGCCAGCGCCGCCGUCGCGUCCCGCGGCAGGUCCGCCAGCACCACCGACGCCGAC